AUCAUCACUAAGAAUCACCAUGUUUUGAAACCACAAAGCUUUCAGAAUCUCUCAUGUCAACAAGGCUUCUCUCUCGUAUCAAGCCUCGUCACGAACUAAACUCAUCAUCUAAACCUAACUUCUCUCCACCACUCCCAAUCCACAUCAAAUCUCUCAUCAAUCAAGUCUGUGAAAUCCUCAAAACUAAUGAAAAAUGGGAAGAAAAUCUGGACAAUCUUCUCUCCCAAGAAGAAAUCGUUCCAUCCGACGUCGCCGGUCUAGUCUUCAGCCAUAUUCAAGAUGCCGAACUAGGUUUAAAAUUCCUCGACUGGAUCGAUCGUCGUCCUUACGGAUGUCCUCUAGACGGGUACGCAUAUUCUCCUCUCUUAAAUCUAUUAGCUAAAUCCAGAAUCUUCACUGAGAUUGAAACACUUUUGAAAAUCAUCAAAGAUAAUGGAGAAUCGCCGACUGUUCAAGCUUACAGUUCUAUAAUUGCAUCGUAUUCAGAUUCCGGUUUAAUCGAUAAAGCAUAUGAGAUUUAUAAAACUGCUGUUUCUCCUCCAAAUGUAUUUGCUUGCAAUUCUUUGCUUAAUGCAUUAGUGAAAAACAAUAGAAAUGAAAUUGCACGCCAGGUGUAUGAUGAAAUGCUUCAAAGAGAUAUAAUUGAUGAUUACAGUACUGGUAUAAUUGUUAAAGGGUUAUGUAAACAAGGGAAGAUUGAUGAAGGUAGAACUGUUAUACAUGAGCGAUAUGGAACUGAUUGUAUACCUAAUAUUGUCUUCUACAAUACCCUUAUCGAUGGUUACUUCAGAAAUGGCGAUUUCGAGAAAGCUUGCGAGCUUUUCAAAGAGCUGAAACUUAAAGGCGUUUUGCCGUCUGUUAGAACUUAUGGUUCCAUGAUCAAUGGUUAUUGUAAAGUCGGAAAAUUUGAAGCUGUUGACAAGCUUUUGAAUGAAAUGAAGGCGAGAGGACUUGAUAAUAAUGUUGAAAUUUACAAUACUUUGCUUAAACAUGGUUGGGGCAAAAAGGAGAUUGUUUGCGAGCCUGAUAUUGUCACGUAUAAUACGAGAAUUCAUACGUUAUGUAAGAACGGUUCUUCGGUUGAAAAGCCCUUGGAGGUUGUUAAAGAGGCGAUAAGAAAUGGAAUGGAGGUUAACAAGUUAACAUACACUCCUAUCAUACAAUGUUAUUGUCGAAAGGGUGAAUUUGUAAACGCGUUUAAUCUCCUGAUUGAGAUGACGAAUAGAGGGAUUACGGCUGAUGUUGUGACCUACGGAAUUCUCAUUCACGGGCUUGUUUCGGCGGGAAAAAUUGAUCUCGCCCUUGAAGUUCGAGAUAAAAUGGUCGAGAGAGGAGUUUACCCCGACGCGUGUAUUUACAACGUUUUGAUGAACGGUUUUUGCAAAAAGGGACGGCUUUCGACCGCAAGAGAAUUGCUCGUUGAGAUGAUCGAUAGAAAUGUUCGGCCUGAUUCGAACGUUUAUGCGACUUUAAUCGACGGUUUCGUUAGAAACAAUGAAAUUGAAGGAGCGAAACAGAUCUUCGAGAAUGAUCUUGAUCCCGACGUAGCUUGCUACAACGCUAUGAUUAAGGGUUUUUGUAAGUUGGGGCAGUUGGAGGAGGCGGUUAUUUACGUUAGAAGAAUGGAGAAAGCUGGUAAGGCGCCGGAUGAAUAUACUUUUUCGACGUUGAUUGAUGGAUUCGUUAAACAUAAUGAUUUCAAGAGCGCGUUCAAGACGAUUAGGGAAAUGGUUACGAAGAAAUUCAAACCGGGCGUUAUUAUCUAUACUUCGCUUAUUAACGGUUAUUGUCGUUUGGGAGAUACCGAAAGAGCGAAAGAGUUGUUUAAUGAAAUGUCAUCCGACGGUUUGGUUCCUAAUACAGUUACCUACACCGCGAUUAUAUCGGGGUUUUGUAAACACGGGAAACUCGAGGAAGCAGCUUCUUUCUUCCAUAAAAUGCUUUCGAAUAAGUGUGUUCCGAACGAGGUCACAUUUGGUUGUUUGGUUAACGGGUUUUCAGUUUCAAACGAAAUAAUUGAAUCGGCCAGUUUCGAAACGACGUCUUUGCUCUUGAGCGUUUUUAGAACGAUGGUAUCGGAUGGAUUUGAUCGAAAGACGGCUGCAAAUGAUGCUAUAGUAGCUAGUCUUUGUUUGCAUGGGAUGACGAAAAUAGCUUUGCAAUGGAGUAAUAGGAUUUUCGGCAAGGGUUUCUUGUCGCAUUCAGUUACGUUUACGUCUCUUUUGCAUGGGGUUUGUUUGGAAGGAGGGUCGAGGAAUUGGAAGAAUGUUCUAGAAUGUAAUUUAGACGAAAGUGGACUUUGUGUUGCGGUGAAAUACUCAAUGAUUUUAGACAAAUAUGUGCGUAAAGAUGAAGAGUUGACAUUGGAUGAUGCUACGGAGAUUUUAAAGAGUCUAUUGAAAGAACAUCGAAAUAUUCGUAGUGGAAUAUUAUGAUUUUGUAAAUUUUGGUUAGGAUCGGAGAUAAAUCGAGUUGUAUUAUGAUUCUAUUUUUUGGACAAUACUUUUUGUUUAGUAAAAGAAAAAUUAGAGUUGUAAAGUAUAAUCUUUAUGUUGAUUAAAAUUUAAAUGAAAAGAAGAAAAAACCA